AUUUGUACACAUAGGGCAGGGCCUACGCCCAUGGGGCGGGGCCUGUGCAUCCUUGCAUAGCUCCCGGAAAGCCAAAGGUUAGGGUCUGAGGCAAGCAGCUGACCACAACCAAGAUAUCUUUCCACUUGGGCACUGGAGACACCAACCUUGGAGACAAAAGUUGUCUACAAACCGUGGAUGAUACCAUGUCACUUGAUAUGAAAGAGCACCCUGAUGUGGAGGUACAAAAGAACCGGGUACUAACCCUGGAGGAGUGGCAAGACAAGUGGGUGACCCGUCACAUCUCAUUCCAUCAGGAGCAAGGCCAUCAGCUACUAAAGAAGCAUUUGGAUACAUUUCUUAAAGGCCAGAGUGGACUGAGAGUGUUUUUCCCCCUCUGUGGAAAAGCUGUUGAGAUGAAAUGGUUUGCAGACCGGGCCCACACUGUAGUUGGUGUAGAAAUCAGUGAAAUUGGGAUUCGGGAAUUUUUCGCAGAACAGAAUCUUUCAUACACAGAAGAACCACUAGCUGAAAUUGCCGGUGCCAAAGUAUUUAAGAGUUGUGCAGGGAACAUCUCCUUAUACUGCUGCAGCAUUUUCGAUCUUCCCAGAGCACACAUUGGCAAGUUUGACAGGGUUUGGGAUAGAGGAGCAUUGGUGGCUAUCAAUCCAGGCGAUCGUGAUCGCUAUGCAGAUUUAAUACUGUCCCUACUGAGAAAAGAGUUUCAAUACCUCGUGGCUGUCUUGUCUUAUGAUCCAACAAAACACGCAGGCCCACCAUUUUAUGUUCCAGAUGCUGAAUUUAAAAGGUUAUUUGGUGCAAAAUGCAGCAUCCAAUGCCUUGAGGAGGUCGAUGUUUUUGAAGAAAGACAUAAAACCUGGGGAAUUGACUACAUUUUUGAAAAAUUGUAUCUCCUUACAGAGAAGUAAAAAACCAGUCCAGUAGUGGAGCACACCUUUUAUCUCAGCAGGCUAGCCUGGUCUAAGAGUGAGUUCCAAGACAGCCAGGGAUACAUAGAGAACCCUGUCUGGAAAAACCAAAUAGAAAACCAGUCAACCAACCAACCAACCAAACAAACAAACAAACAACCAAACAAAAAAUACCCAAUCAAUCCUGUAUGAAUUUUUGAACAAUUAAAAAUUAUGUUGAGGGUUAA